UAUAGUGAUGUGUGGUCAUUUUCAUAGGGUGGAAGUAGAGUUCCGCAAAAACGAAAACUUAUAUGUACAGUACUUUGUGGCAAAAACUGAAAGAACUGGCAAAGGCUUUUACAGUUGACCAUUUAUUUACUCGUUUAAUUUUUCGUUUUCUUGCUCGCCGGUCUUUCCUUGUUCGUGUUUGGAAUAUAAGCAAUCUGCAGAGCAAAUGAGGUUCGCGGUUUAAAUGCAGAAGGUGCACUUCUACGGUAAAGUCGGCUGGGGCACCGAUGUCAUCGUAUUCUUUUGCUGUUUCACCAAAGGACCCGUCAGUCUGUUCUUUUAUUUUGUUAUAAAAUAAUCCAUAUCUUGUUUUGACCUGACAUGAACUUUCAAGAGGAUGCUUCUGACUCUCGAUAGCUGAACAUCUGGCGGAGGCUGCACACUUGAGGUCCUACUUCUAAGCUACUGUGCUUUUGGGGUGAAAAUUGAUAAUUAACAUUUUCUAAUUGUAGCAGAAUACGCGUAUUUUUAAUUUUCUUUUUAAAAGUUCUUGGUUGAAAAGAAAACAUCGAUUUUUAAGAGCAUACCAAAGCAUAAUACCGAAAUAGGUAUCCAGGGACUUGCCCCUGAGUUUUCUUGAUUUGCUUUUUCUCGUGUAUAUAGCGAGACAACUAGUUUACGUUUUUUCUAAUGAACCCCUGGACUUUGUUCAGACCUAGUAACCUGCUACCCGGCAGUUUAUUACCUUGGAGCAGCGCUCUGCCUGAGGAUCCCAACAAGGAAAAACGACAAGAUCUUUUCUCUUGCUGCUGUUACUGUUACUGCUCCUGCUGUUCCCCAUCCCCUGACAGAACCACACUUCCUAGCUGUGUACAACCAGAAGGUCACCCUGCAGAUAUCUCACGCUAUCUCACCUUAGCGUAACUGGUGCUAAAUUUUGCCUGUGGUGGCCAGAUCUGUCAGUCAAGCACAUCCAUUCAUAGUUGGGCUAUAAGCUGCAUCUGUAAUGGGUAACAGGAGUUCUCUGGGACUUCCCACAGGAUCUGGACCUCAUCUAGUUGGUUGUGCUGACAUUAUGGCAGACCACACUAGGAAGGGGACAUUUUUCAGACUUUACUACCCAUGCCAGGCUGCAGAGGACAGCGAACAGCCACUGUGGAUCCCUAGGUCUGAGUACUGCAAUGGUCUAGCAGACUAUAUGAACCUCAACAAGAACUGGUUCACCCCACUUCUUAAACUUACUUUUGGUUCAUUUCAAGUCCCAGUCAGAUGGUGCGCUCCUGUUGUUCCUGGAUUAAAAUUUCCACUCCUCAUUUUUUCUCAUGGGUUGGGUGCCUUCCGGACCGUGUAUGCUGCAGUCUGUUUGGAAAUGGCCUCUCAUGGUUUUCUUGUUGCUGCUUUGGAGCACAGGGACUGCUCUGCUAGUAUUACUUACCAUUACAAGGAAACAUCUUCGUUGAGCACUGAGGAUUCUGUGCUUCCAAACUGCUACCUGCAGGAAGAGUGGAUUAAUUACCGUAAGAUUAAGCAAGAAGAGAAGGAGUUCAAGGUUCGAAACUUGCAAUUACACCAACGUGCUAAUGAGUGUGUGAGAGCUCUUAACUUCGUGAAUAAAAUCAAUGAUGGAAGGAGCAUCGUCAAUGUUAUGAAGUCUGACUUUGAUAUUGAAAGUCUCAAGAAUAGAGUAGACAUGGAGAAGGUUGGGGUCAUAGGACAUUCCUUUGGAGGAGCUACUUCUCUGUUAGCCUUACUCAAAGAUGAUCGGUUCAGGUGUGCCAUCGCUUUGGAUGCUUGGAUGUUCCCCAUUGAAAAUAAUCUGUAUUUUCAGAUGAGAAAACCUGCUUUUUUCAUCAAUACAGAAACCUUUCAGACUACAGACAGCAUUGCAAAAAUGAAGAAACUUUUCCAGAAUAAUAAAGAAACCAAGAUGAUUACAAUCCUAGGGACUGUUCAUCAAAGCCACUCUGACUUUACAUUCUUGAUUAGUCCGUGGCUGAGUCGUAUUUAUGAAACCAGGGGCAAGCUACAGCCAGAGAGAGCCUUGGAAAUUACAGCCAGGGCAGCAAUGGCAUUCCUCAACAGACAUUUAGAUAUAAAUGAGGAAUUUAAUUCCUGGGGCAACCUGGUGGAAGGCAAAGGUACUGAUAUUAUUCCAGAUGCCCCACCUGUACUAAGUAACCUGUAAGGAAACACCUGGAGCCAGCCCCACCUCCUACCCCAUCAUCAGGCUGCAGUUGUGACAGGUAUUUGGACAUGGAACGGGCAACAAUGCCAGUCCUGUCACACAGCUGAAUCUUUGGUGCAUUAUCCCAAUUUCCAAUGUGCUUCCCAUAGCAGAGGUGACACUGGAAACCUCCCUCUGUUUUUGGUGCUGAAAACAUUUCUCAUGUCAUAUGCUGUGGUGUUGAAUUCAUGUAACAUGUGCCUGUCCAGUAUGUUUUUUAUGAGUAGUCUGUGCUACAAUAACAUUGAUACAAAAGUAAUAUUAUUUUUAUAGAAAACCGUUGGUGAUAAUAAAUAACCUGUUUCUACUGCACCCUCAACAUAUUGUUUUCCACUUUCAGAUUUUCAUUUGUUUUUACUGGUGCACAGACUUCUCGGCUUUUGUCUCUAAAGAAAUCUGAUGUUAUUUAUGAAUCUGAAAUGUACAGGUGAUACAGAAUGCCAAUAUUCUUAAUCAGUGUCAAACUUUAUCUCUUAAAAAAAAAAAAAAAACAUUGCACUGCAAACACUUAGAUUCUAUGCCAGCUGUUUAUUAUGGUCCCUUAUUAGGAAAUAUUAUUGCUCCUAAUAAAUGACUCUAUGGAAGGCUGUAUUUUCUUCAGGCUGGCAAUAUGUAGUAGUAAUAUUACUACGAUUCGUUUUGUGAAAAAUAAUCAGCACUGAAUAGUUAGUUCAGAUUUCAUUGUUAAAAAAAGACUGUUAAUUUAGCCAGAGGUGACUGGCAGCAGGAAAAGAAACCAGUCACUCGUACAGUAUACUAUUUUGUAGAUCUAUUUUAACAGUCCUCAAACCUGCCUCGCCCAAAAUAUUAUUAUUUAAUCUUUAUUACAAACUGUAGUAAGGGCUGAUGUGCUGAGGGUAAGUAAUUACAGCUUCUUGUAAAGAUUAUCUGUAAAAUGAAUUAUUCGUGCUCCAGUAUAUACACAGGAAUUUAAUGUUAAGGUAUCCUAAGAAUGUUUUAGGACUAUGAUCUGAAUUGCCUUUUAAAGUUCUUAUCUGCCUGCAAACAUUGAAGAUUUCAUUUCUGAGUCCAUUUGCUACUGUGUGUUAUCAUUUUCUAAUUUAACGGAUUUGUUUAUUAAUUGGACAGUGAUGUCAUUUUGACACCAGUCCAGCUUGCAGUUAUUGAGAAAUUCAAAUAUUGUGACUAUAGUAGCUAUCCAUUUUCCAACCCGCUGAAUCCAAACACAGGGUCACUAUCAGAGCUAAAUUAGGCUUAAUGGAACACAUGAUUAAAAUUUAAUUAUUUAUAUUGCCUGCUUUUUAAUUAAUUGUCUAAAACAGACUGAUAUAUAUUUAAGUUUGCCUGCCUGCUUGAAUGUUUCUUAAUGCAAAACAAAGCAGUUGUAAAGUAAAUAUGGGGUUAUAAGAAGGGAGCAUUUAUUUGCACAAAUGGUUAUGCACUUUGUAACUUAAAUCUGCUGCUUAUGUAAAUAAGAAGCUCAAAUUUUAUUUCUUAACAUGUUAUAUCAGAAGAAUGAUGGAUUAUGUAUGGCUAUUGCAAAAGAAAGGUGCCAAACUCAAUUUGUAAAAAUUACAAAAAGAUGCCAAAAUCAAAUUUGUAAAAAUUACAUUGAUAUUUGUGUGGAUCCCUUGCUAUUUCAAGAGUGACCAUAAGGUGGUGCCCAAGCUUGUUUAUAGACGCAAUCUGUUUUUUCUUUAACAUAUAAAAAGCCAAAUUUGUUAAUGAUGGAAAAAAAUAUUUUCUCUAUCAUAUAUAGUAAAAUUUCUGUCAAAUUAAUUAAUUGGAAAAUGUGUUUUAGAAUUGUAAAGGUUAUUUAUGUAAAAGUGGUCUUUCCCGAAAUGGGAAAGUAAUUUAUGUGUAUAGUAUUAAAUUAUCUUAAAGAUUUGUGCUCAAGUGAACCUUUGAGAAAAUUGAAGGAGGGGUGAAGAGAAAGUAUUAUACUUCAAGCAGAUGCCAGUUUUCUUAAUAUAUACUUGUUUUUGAGAUGAUUGGAAUUGGCUGCCUUAACAUAGACAUCUUUAGAGACAUUGGUUUCAUUGUCAAAGCCAGCAGUUCUGUAACACUUCUGAGACAUUAAAAUAGGAACUUUAAACA